AUGGAUGACACAUUAAGUGUCGGUGAUACGGUGUGUUUGUACUCGGCGGAAAGUUUUGGUUUCAUAUUCUCCACUCAGUCCAGCUCAGUACACAAUGAAGUUGCCGUGGGCUCACGACAAGACAGGCAUCGACCCGACGUACAGGAUCAACAGGUGAUUUCAUUCAAUCUGGAGGUUGCUAAUCGCUACAAACUCAACAAGCAACUAAGAAAGUUACAGGCAAAAUUAGCAGAAGAUCCAGAAAAUAUAUCCCUCAGAAACACAGUCUCCAGGGCAAAGCUCGCUGCUGAGGCUGAAAAUGACGACAACAUUUUGGAACAAAAGAGACAACAAGGAAAGAAGGUUCUUUAUGGCCAAAUCAUACAGCUACGGCAUCUCUUUACGAAUAAGUACAUCCAUGUCAGUACAACAAAAACAUCAGACACAGAAACAAACAACAUGGCGGUGGAACUGAAGGAAGAGAAUUCAAAGCAUGCGCUGUUCCGUUUAAUGCCGAGAUAUAAAGUCAAAGCAGAAGGAGAUGUGGUCCAAGUUGAUGAUCAAGUUGUUCUGGAGAGUGUGAAGUCUCCAGACUCGUACCUACACGUCAGCAAAUCCUUCCUCGGUCAGUUGUCCGUCUAUAGCAAAAGUCAUGAACUAAAUGUUUCGGUUCAGCAGUCUGGCUUCACGAUCUGCCGGAAGUAUAAACCUUCAUCUGGGGACAGCACUAAAAUAAAAUUUGGGGAUCUGAUUCGCUUCUACCACAAGGAAAUGGAGGCCUAUUUAGUGGCAUCGGGGCUGUUUGAUGAUGAACUUUUAGAAGAUGUUCACAUGAGGCUAAGACCAAUGGAUCAGACAAUUCCUAAAACCUUAUUCCCAAGCUCCUCCGCAAUCACAUAUUGGCAGAUAGAACGACAGGAAGGACCUGUUUCUGGAGGCGUUUUGAAAUGGGAACAGCAGUGUAAAAUCAUUCAUAUGUGCACAAGAAAAUACUUGACAGUCAAGGACGGUCAUGUGACCUUAACCAGUGACCAUCUAGAUCCCACUACUGUGUUCAGGCUACAUCCUGUCAUAAGGGAAAAUGACGACAUACCCCCAGACAGUUAUUGUCGAAUCGAACACGUGGUAACAGGACGCUGGCUUCACGGAGGAACAGAAGAAUACAAGAAAAAGCAGAAAGAUGGAGAUGAUAACACACAAUCUAUGUCAUCAUUAAAGUGGAGCACAGCGGAACUGAAAGAGAUUAAUACGAUAGAAGAGAUGCAAUAUGAUGACGCCUUCACCAUACAGAAAGUGGAUGAGGAAUUUGUCAGCAUCUUCAACUACAUGGCUGGAAUGGUUCCAUUUAUACAGAAACUUAUAGUUGAUAAAAAGGCAGGACUAAAACUAAACGCAAAGAUGGCCCAUGAUGCUGAAUGUGCGUUACAAGAAUUAAGUGCCUUUAUGGUAGUCAACGGGUAUCCAAUCAAGAGGAGACAAAAGUUACUGAGAAACCUAAGAAUUGUAGAACUGCUUGUGAGGCUCUUGCAAAUACCAUUUAGGGGCUCAGCUGAUCAAAUUCACAUGACAAAGCUGUUCGUUGAGUCGUAUCGUGUAAUGUAUGUGUAUCUUAUGGGAGACAGCAGAAAGAACGAACUUUACAUCGCCAAAUACAUCGACUUCUUCCAGUCGCAGUUUGAACUCAGAGAGGGUCAAAUUGGUUUGAACGCUGUCCACAUGGUCAUGGAACUUAUCCGUGACAACAGAAAAAUUGUUGAUAGAAUUUCUAAGGAUCACAUCGACAAAUUUGUUGACCUCUUACAAAGAGACAAGAAUCACAGAUAUUUAGACUUGCUUGGUGUACUUUGUGUAUGUGACGGCGUGUCUAUUGCUGUCAAUCAAAAGUACAUUACUGAGGCGUGGCUAAUGAGAGGCAGCAGACAGAAUUGUGUUUAUUACACCGACCUUGGACAAAAGAUAGGAAAAGAGAAUGGCGUGGUUUAUGUUUCCACAACACAAGGAAGAACGUGGACUGAGUUGUCUAACUUUGCUGACAGUAACUCCAGCGAAUCCUACCUUUUCCUGGAGCAUCAACUAGAACUGUUUGGAUAUCUUUGUCACGGUCAGAAUGAAUUUUCAAUCAAAGUCAUAACCCAAGAGUUGAACUAUCUGACCUGGGAGGAGGCGUUUACAUGUUUGAGUGACACACGUCUUCCAGACAAACUUAGAUCGCAGUACUGUGACCUUAUCAUUACUAUGUUUGUGGAUAUUGGCGAUAAUCAUUCUGUAGUGGAUCGAGUCAAACUGUCCUACAUAUAUGAUGACAUCGACUCAGUUGAGGAUCGAGUUGACAAUACACAGUCUAAGACGUACAAAUAUUUUCCGAUGCUAAGCGAGUGGAUUUCCAACUUCCUGACUAGUAAUGGCGAUAUGACGGCAUCGACCAUUGGCAACAAUUUGCUUGUCAAACAGGUUCUAAGAUUGGUUGACCACUUAGUAUCAUUUGGGUUCUACUACAAACCGGAGGAUAUCAAAAAGUUGCUGGAGCCACUCAUGUCCCUGAUUGACGGCAGAAACGACAAACCGUAUCCGAAUGUCACGGGAAAAGACGCAGACGACGUUCUGAAAGCCUUUAGAACAAAAGAAAGAUUUGAAAGAAGUGAAGAAACCUCAGCUAUUGUGGAAGCCAAGUGCCAGGCUUUAGACACACUCGAUUUGUUCUUCAACUACAUUUUCAACCUUCGAAUGGAGAGAUUUAUGAGUAUGUUCAAAGUUACACACACGCAAGCGAAUAAUCCGAGCAGCUCACCACCUGAACUGGGUCCCCUUCUAUCCGAAAAUUUCGACUUACAUUCUCAGCACAGUGUUUGCAAGUCCGCCCUGAAAAAGUUGAGAGAUAUAUUUGAGCAGACAUCCUUUCUGAAGAAUUAUGAAGUGGUAGACAUCCUUAAGGACCUGUCCUUCUACCACUAUGACGAAAUGAUCAGGAUGUCCAUGCAUCUCUUAAACAGAUACUUCUCAUCCCACCACCAGCUUUUCACAAAUACUGUUCAAGCUCAGGUACUCAUAACUGACAAAUCUGAGGCUGUGAUGGAAACCUUGGAGACCUUACUCCCUAGCCUAAGGCGACUGUCGUCUGCUAAACUAGACAACCAGCAGGCAGAAGAGCUCGUCGCCAUGUUAGACAAACUCAUAUCACUGUGCCAUUUAGAAAAGGAACCAGAGGAAGCACAUGGAAUGAACCAGAGCAUCUUAUAUAAUCACGGUUUAAUUGAAGAUAUGUUCAUCAUUCUUCAGCAGGACAUUGACGUUCGCCUUCUGGAUCAGUACACAGGGCAGAAAAAGGUUCUUCAGCGGGCAUUUACAUUGUUGAAAUUGAUGGCUAGAGACAACAAACUCGUUCAAGGUCGUCUGUUUGACCGACUAGACAUGCUUCUGUCGAAACGAGGCGCAGAGGCAGAAUUGGCAGAAUGCAUCACAGAGGUUUUCACUGGAAAUUCCAACACGUGUAUGAAGAUCCACUCCUAUCAGGUUCACAAGAUUAUGACACUAGUAUCAAUCCAUAAAGAAGAUGUUCCACAGUUUCUUGAUUUGCUGAAUGCCAUUGUGAAAGUGGAAGAACUUGAUCUUCCAUUAAAAAGAAACCAAAGUUUUGUUAUGCAGUAUUUCAUGCAAUACAGAUCCGAUAUUGCGCAAGUGAUUGAUCAAGAUGAAGGGGCAAGACUGCAAGUUUUAACGAAUACAGGACGCCCAGAACUACAGUACUUGAUUUCUAUGGUGGAUGUCUUAGCUACAUGUGCCGAGGGUGAAAACAGGCACAUCGAAUCAAUUUGUCAGACAAUCUUCAGUAUCAGAGAUCUUCUAAAAAUACUGACAAAUCAGAUUAUUAGUAACAACUUCAAACUUCCAUUUCUCCGCUUUCUUCUCUGGGUUUACCUGAACACUGCAGGUGGGAUGAUAGAGAGUGGAGCUGGUGACAUGCCCCAUGAUAGCUUAAUGUGGCAGUACCUUUCUGAGAUAACAACGGAUCUAGACAGUGUAACAAAGUAUGCGAAAGAUAACACAGAAAACACCAAAAUGCUUCUAAAAGCACCACCACCAAAAAGUAACACCACAGGGAGUAAGGAAGAAGAGACACAGGGAACGCUUCACUAUAUAUUUGAUGGAAUCAUGCCAUUUCUUCAGAUUUUCUGUCGCUCAUUUUAUCAGCCUGAUUCGUCAUUGUUUCCUGAUGAGCCAGAAAAAAUGGAUAAACUUGCAAAUUCAUUUAAGGAAUUCAUGGAGGUAGUUGCUCCGUUGAUAUGCGUAGAGAGACAGAUGAAGAACUUGGUUUCCUGUAUGACGUCACUAUUGUCAGCGUCUACUCUUCCUGUCAAAAUCAUGGAAGAAUUCAAUGAGAAAUAUGGACAGACAAUGGGUUCACAUGAUAUUCGGAGUGAUGCAAGAAAGUCUUAUGAAUCUUACUACGAAAUGGAAGAAGAGAUUAAUAGACAGCUAAAUGUGUUUUCGGUAAACAUGAGGAUUGCUUAUGGAGGUCCAAAUACAAUAGAGGCUCAGAUUGACUACCAUUCAAAUGCAGUUUAUUCUGAGGUUGGCGGAGAUGAGGAGUUACCAUUGGGUCAAGAGUUUCAGGAUCAUCUCAAAUGUUUCAUGGAUCCUAGCAAUAAAGAUCCGAUCCAACGAUAUCGGAUGAGCGAAAAACUCAUCAGGCAGUUAAAAAUAUCAAAUCAGUUAACACAUCUAAGCGAAAAAGAGAAGUUGGAACAAGAACAGCUCGAUGUUAAAUGUUUGCAGCUUCUGCGAGCCAUGAUUUAUAAUGAAGUGGUCAAGCUUCCAGAUGACUGGGAGGCUGAAGUAUCCGCCCAUCGAAAAAAACUGAAGGCUAUUUCUGACGUCCAAGAUGCUCUGAAUCAUUUCGAUGUUGUUAUCAGCGUCAUGGAACACCUGAAUCGUCCCCAGGAUAAUGUGGUCCGGGAAACACUGUCUUUUAUAUGCAUGCUGCUCUAUAAUGGAAACGAAAAUGUGCAGACUAAACUUUAUGAGUAUUUCACGGGUACAAGAGAGGAGUCGUUUUUCUUUACCUUAAAAGCUCGUAUGCAGAUGUCUGCCAUUGCAACACGAGAGAAGCGACUAUUACAUGCGAUGUACCAGUCUAAGGUUGAUGAAGCCGUCCAACAGGCUAAAGCAUUACAGAAAGCAAUGGCGUCCGGCAAAAUGGCACAAUUGGAAAUAUUGAAGGCCAAUAGAAUAGGGUCAAUGAUGUCCAUGGCAAAACGAUCCAUGGCACAACUCCGUCCAGGAAGUAAUUUGCCUGCUUUACCUGGGUCUCCAAGACCAGCAUCGCGAUUUGGCUCCAAAGCGAAACUUGGAGGAGGUUUUAGUCGAGAGAACACAAUGAUGGGCAAUCAUUUUCUACAGCCUCCUACCCUUACUGUUAAUGGCGUCCAGAAAUCCACACUUCAAAUGAAUGGCAGUGCAAAUGGUUUUUCCAACCCCAAAUCGAAGGUUGCACCAAUGGAAAAUCCUCCAGAAAUUCAGAUCGAGAAAGUAGAUGAAGAAGAAUUAAAAGAGCUGAUGGGAGCAGCUAUGAGUAUGACAGGAGAUUUCACGUUCAGGGAUGAUGGUUACAUAGAACUUGUACUUCGUAUGCUGGGACUAAUGUGCGAUAACCAGCACUUUGAACUUCAGAAUUACAUACGAGAGCAAUAUGACAACAUCAAGUCGGUAAACCUGGUGGCAGAAACAACCAAGUUCCUAAACAUUCUAUACUCCAACAUCAACGACAGGACCAUGCCGUUAGUGGUGCAGCUCUUUGACACAUUGGUAGAAUUCACAUCGGGCAAUAAGAAAAACCAGUCGGUAGUGUUUGAAAACAAGGUUUGUGAUUACAUCAACCACAUACUUAGGACGGGCCAUUUCCCGGGCUGUGGACUCAAGGAGGAGUAUAUCCUGAAAAGGUCUAUAGCAGUGCUGAUACGAUCUUUGACAGAAGAAAAUACCCCGGAUGUAGAUGAAGAAAUCAUGGCAAAGGUGAGGAAGUGUAUGAGUAUAAAAGUCACUAUGGAAGUAAUGGAGUACCUCGAUGAGGACCAUUGCGUCAACACGAUGACUGAAGCCUACUCUCAAAUCAUGGGUGAUCGCAGAGAGUUUGAAGAACUGUAUGAUUUGAUUGAGAGUACUGGCUUCGCCUACUUUCAUAUACUGUACUUGGUUAAGACAGACAUGCAGCGAGCUGCUUGGGAUUACUAUGCAGCUAGUAGUUUGUCCAUUGAGAUUUUGAAAGACGAUGCCUUGCAGAAAGUUUAUUUCCGGGUCAAAGAUAAAAACGUGUUAAGAGAAGAGAUCAAAGAAAAGUUUAAAUACGAGGUUGACAGAACCUCCCCAAGUAACAAAAUUAGAGAUUUCAUGGAUUGGGCCAGUGAUAUCAUCCAGGACAUCAAAUAUCAACGAAAGAUCCACUCCAACAUUGUCGGAAGGAUAUUACUUAAAAUGUGGCUUCCCAUGAACUAUAUCGUGCUCUUUUUGAGUUUCAUCAUUAGCUGCGUCAUCAUGGUGACAUGGAGAGACCCCAAAAACGCGGAUGGAACCUCGAACACGGGGAGCAUAGUCCCUGAGUUCACCAUAGAUAGCAGUACAUACUAUCUGUUUUUGUAUGUGUGCGGAGGAAUACACAACUUUCUUAGCUUAAGUAUGUUGGUGACAUUUUUAAUUUCUAACCAGCCAACGUUCCCUCCAUACAAUUGGCUCAAAAAGAAAUUGUCGUCUAAUCGUGAAGAUGGCGACGAUGAUGACGUCAGAUCGUGGCAUGAAAAGAAAUCGGACCAAUCACAUCUAGAAUUUGAAAUUUACAACAUAUACACAAUUUAUUAUUUUCUGUUUUUCGUGUGCUCCGUUCUAGGUACAGUUUAUUAUGGGUAUUUCUUUUCCUUCCACUUGCUCCAUUUAGCUGAAUUAAAUCAGCUCCUAAAGAGGGUCCGACAGGCAGUUACCACCAAUGGUAAAUCUUUGUUAAUGGUUGCCCUCCUUGGCUUGGCUAUUUUUUUCUGCUACUCCUUGGUGGCCUUUGCUGUGUUGCGGGAGUCAUUCUUCCAAGAAUCAGCCGGACGACAUUGUCGAACUGUUUACCAGUGUUUUAUCACUAUGAUUCAUCAUGGCUUUGUUGACACACCUUAUACGACCUUUGAAGGUAUUAUGACCUCUGACUAUACUGACGUCAUCAAAGUGACGAUAUUUGAUGUCACAUUCUUCAUUCUUAUCACCACUAUUGGGCUGAAUAUUAUCUUUGGUAUCAUAGUGGACACGUUCUCACAGCUUCGAGAUGCCAAGUGGGAAAUUGACAAAGAUAUGAUGAAUAACUGCUUCAUUUGCAGCAGAGAAUCCUAUGAUUUUGAGAGACAUGGCGGGGGUUUUGAGAAACACGUGAAAACAGAGCACCACCAGUGGUCCUACCUGUUUUUCUUCAUCCACCUGACAGAAACACGUCCUAACGAUUUCUCCGCUCUGGAGUUGUUUGUUUACAACCAGCUAGAGAGACAUAUUUAUGAUUUCUUCCCCCUGAAUCGAGCCCUCAGUCUACAAAACGAAGAGGACUCUAAUGAACGAAAAGUAGAGAUUUUACGUAUUCAAGUGGAGUACAUGGUCAACAAAAUGAAGGAAGAGGCAGCUGAAAAGGAAAGACAAAAAGAGAAGCAGCGCCAGCUGGCCUGGGAGGCGGAGCAUAAGGCUCCUGUGACCAAUAAAAUGUCUCCAAAGUCUUCUAAAAAUACUAUCCACAAGUAAUCAAUGAAAAGAUCAUUCACAAGUUACCAAUAAAAAGAACAUUCUCAAGUAGCCAAUAAAAAGAAGUUCUUAAGUAACCAAGGAAAAGACUUUUUUUAAUAUGGGUAAACGUUCAACAUUUAAAUUACACAAGAAGAGGAAAGGAAACAGAAUUUUGAAACUAAAAAGUGCUUCCUUUGAAAUAUGCAUGCAUGACGUUUAC